UUACUGCUCGGUUCGCUGAGUGACGUCUCUCACCGACCGGUGAAAUACACCGACAAAUCGACCGGACUGACCGCUUAUCCGUCUUUGCUGGAACUCACGGCAUCACGGACUGCCCCUCUCCUCUCCCCGGCCUGAAGGGCCGAGCCGCUGACACUAACACGGGACACGGAGCGGUGGCGCUUCUCCGCAGGAUGAUGGAUGUAUCUCCGAUACUGACCGACGGACGCGCAUCCCGGCGGACUCGGCGGACGGUCAGCGCACACUUUUGACCAGCUCAAAGAAGACUGACGCACCGGCUGUUUGCUCCUUCAGUUUUAAUCCUUUCCCCCGGAAUGUCAUCAUCAAGGAGCGAGUAAAGCAUCUGCUCUCUCCGGGUGCCGCUGGACGUCUUUCUCCUCAAGGGUUUCUGGCGCUUUUAGCAAACGUUAGCACCGGUAUGAGCAGAACCGCAUCUGCCCGUCAUAUCUAACCGGGGUCGGAGGGUGCUAGCAGGGAAAUAUUUGGAUCUGUGGAUGAGAGCCGGUCACCGGGUGGGAUUGUGUACGGAGCGGAGGAGGAGGACGGAGGAAGAGCAGCGGCAGCAGCGGAGAACCGAACUACCAUCCUCAUCCCCGGAGGGGGGGAGAAGCAGCGACGAGGCCACAGGACGAUGUGAAGAUGGGGGUAGUUUUCGGUCUCCUGUGGCUGUUUACCGGCUUCCUGCAGGGCGUGCACGGCCAGGGCGUGUACGCGCCCCCUACAGUGCGAAUCGUGCACUCUGGUCAGGCCUGUAAUGUGGAGGAGGAGCGCUACAGUGAGAGGGUGUACACUAUCAAAGAGGGAGAGACUCUAGAGCUGCAGUGUUUGGUGACUGGACACCCCCGACCACAGAUCCGCUGGACUAAAACUGCUGGUGGAGCGUCAGACCGCGAAUCCUCGCUGCACAACGAAACUCUGAGGAUCGAAAACAUCAACCGCCACCAGGGGGGGCGUUACUACUGCAAGGCUGAGAACGGAUUGGGAUCCCCCGCCAUCCGCUCCAUACGAGUAGACGUCUACUACCUGGAUGACCCAGUGAUAACGAUACAUCAGAGUGUGGGUGAAGCAAAGGAGCAGUUCUACUUUGAGCGGACAGUCUUCCUGCGAUGCGUAGCAAACUCCAACCCUCCUGUCCACUACACCUGGAGGAGAGGCAGGGAGGUGCUGUCGCAGGGCUCAGACUCUGGGGUGGAGAUCUACGAGCCGUUCUUCACACAGGGAGAGACAAAGAUUCUGAAGCUGAAGAAUCUGCGUCCGCAGGAUUACGCCGACUACACCUGCUUCUCCUCCGUCAGGAACGUCUGUGGCAUUGAAGACAAGAGCGCCCACUUCACUCUGAGCAACAGGACAGCUCCUCCAUCUAUCAAGCUCCUCCUGGACGACCCCCUGGUGGUGAACCCCGGCGAGACGAUCACUUUGGUCUGUGUGGCGUCGGGCGGAGACCCUCAUCCCAGUUUAAAAUGGAUGAGACCCGAUGGGCAGCAGCUCCCCAAACGGCGCGUGGUCAAAGGGGGCACGCUGACCAUUCCUGCUGUUGCUAUUGACGACAGUGGUGUCUACAGCUGUGUGGGGUCCAACAACGUUGGGAAUCCCGCCAAAAAAACCACCACCAUCCUGGUCAGAGGUCUCCGUAAAGGUCGCUUUUGGAUCACACCUGACCCUUACCACAAUGAUGACAAUAUCCAGAUUGGACGGGAGGUGAAGAUCAGCUGCCAGGUAGAGGCCACGCCCCCAGAGGAACUGCAGUUCAGCUGGCUGAAGAACGGGCGGCCUCUGAGGAGUUCAGAGCGGAUGGUCAUCACCCACACUGACACAGAUGUCUCGCCGGGAACCACCAACCUCGACAUCAUCGACCUCAAGUUCACUGACUUUGGCACCUACACCUGUGUGGCAUCACUAAGGAACGGAGGAACCCCGGAGAUUAGCAUUGAUGUCAACAUUUCAUCCACCACAGUUCCUCCAGAGCUCACCGUCCCCAGGGGCCGUUCUCACCUCAUCGCUCAGGAAGGCGACACCGUAGACCUGCAGUGCCUGGUCUCUGGAAAACCCAAACCCAUCAUCCUGUGGUCUCGGGUGGAGGAGAGCGGGGUGGCGGCGGCGGCAGCAGCAACAGCACUGAUGCCAGACGGCUCCGUUCAGACGGAGAGCUACGACGGCAUCCUGAGGAUCAGCAACGUGACCAGAGAGAUGAGCGGGACGUACCGCUGCCAGACGAGCCAGUACAACGGCUUCAACGUCAAACCCAGAGAGGCCUUGAUACAGUUGGUGGUGCAGUUCCCUCCGGCCGUAGAACCCGUACACACGGAGAUCCGUCAGGCCCUUGGCCGGGCAUUCAGCCUUACCUGCCGUCUGCUGCGAGCUCAUCCAGCUCGCCUCCUACGAUAUGAGUGGAAGCUGGGCACCCGCCUCCUGACUGUUGGACAGUUCAGUGACCAGAGAGAUGACACGAACUACCACAUCAGAGCUUUGAACAGGGAGGGCUAUGGCGAGUACACCUGUGACAUCACCAAUGAGGCCGGGGCAGGACGUUGCACGUUCCUGGUCACAGGAAAAGCCUACCCUCCAGAGUUUUACUACGACACCUACAGCGCUCUGUGGCAGAACAGGCCGCGAGUCUAUGGCUUCAAACUGCAGUGGACUCAGAUGGAGCCGAACGCUGUGGAUCGAAUCCUGGCCUACAGACUCGGUAUAAGGCAGAUGGGUCAGUCUCGCUGGUGGGAGCAGGAGAUUCCCAUGGAGGGAACCAUCCAGAAGGGGGAGCUCUUGACCUACAACUUAACUGAGCUCAUCAAACCUGAAUCCUACCUGGUCCGCCUGACACCCAUCACCCGCUACGGGGAAGGAGACUCCACUGAGCGCAUCAUCACAUACAGCGCUCCUGUUAACCCACAUCUCAGGGAGUUCCAGUGUGGUUUCGAGGAUGAGGCAUUGUGUUUGUUCUCUCAGGACAAAAAUGACGUGUUCGACUGGACACACCACAGUGCUGCCACACGAGACACCAAAUAUACGCCAAACACGGGACCAAGCUCUGACCACACUGGCUCCAAGCAGGGUUUCUACAUGUACAUAGAGACAUCAAGGCCAAGGCUGGAGGGCGACACAGCCAGACUGUUGUCCCCAACAUUCAACUCCAAAAGCUCCUCUGUCAGCAACAACCCCACCUACUGCUUUGCGUUUUAUUAUCACAUGUAUGGGAAACAUAUAGGAGCUCUGAACGUUUUCCUGCAUCAGAAAGGUCAAGCGGUCACAGAUACCCUGGUCUGGAGUCUCACCGGUAACCAAGGAGACCGCUGGCGUCAAGCCAAGGUCAACAUCCACCCAACUACAGCCUUUCAGAUGGUGAUGGAGGGCGUGCGAGGCUCUGGUAUUGAGGGAGAUAUUGCCAUCGAUGAUGUCGCCAUUGAGGAGGGAGAAUGUAAAGACCCCCCUCCCAACAAUCUAAGGUCACUCGCCCCACCCUCAUCGCCACAUAUAUGGCAGCACUGCAUCACUCUGAUUCUGGCUCUGAUUGGCCAGCAGAGGUGACCCCCCCUCUCUGUCGGACAUUGCGACCUUUGACUCUUUGCCCACCUAUUCCUGCUCCAUCAUUCCCGACAUUUAACCCCACUCCAUCCCUCUGCUACCAAAGAUACAGUCAGAGACGAGAUAGCUAAAGCAGGAGGUCAUGCGAUGGUUUGGUGACGUGAGAGUUGAGUUUAAAGGUGCCAGAUUUAUUUUAUUGGGCUCCUCUUCUCUCUCGAGUCACAGUGAUCGGUUUCAGACAGAGCAGCUUCAGUCCAAGACGUGUUUGCAGUAGCUGAGCUUAGAGACUGGAAGCAGGGGGAAACUGCUGCGCGACAAGCUCUGACAAUGAAGAACCUUCAAACCACAGCAGUAUUGUCUGAUUAGUCACCAUAUUUCUCUACGUGUUCCAGGAAAAGCAUUCAUUUUGUAAAUCAGACAGCUUUAUUUAGAAUUAAAUUGGCUGCUGGACUUUGUUUGGUUUGACAUCGAUGAGAUAAACAGUUGAUUUUUCUCUGGUGUUUCUUCCGUGUCUUCCGUGCACACGCAGUAGGGAGGUGACAGUUACCUGUUUGGCAUUUUAACCCCCAAAGACAUUCCUCAGGUAUAGCUUUUUUUUAAGUUACAGCUUUAUUUCAAAGCAGCAUUUUCUUUAAAUAUGUUUUUUUGAUGCAGUAGUACCUGUGGCUGCUGAUGAGAAAAAGGACUUAGCUUUAACAUCUUUUAUCAGAUCAUUUCAAAGCAGAACCAGAAAUUUCAGUCUGAAUUUUCUUCUUCUCUCCUUCAUCAAUGUUUAUUUUUGGCACUUGUGUAAACUGUGCCGUGGGGACCUGUGCUGGUAUCAUUAAUGGGUAUCACUCUGCAUGAAUGAAGGAACAUGUCAUGUUUAUAGGCAGAUCACACUUUGAAUUAUGUUCCCAUCCUGCCAGAAGGCCCUGGUUAUUAGUGCAAAUCCAACAUUACAAACACAAGUAGUUUUCCAGCAUAAAUUUCAGACACGUGAAGCCAGAAGGUCUGAGAGGCACUGCUGGGAAAUGUUGGCAUUUAGCAGCAAGCAUGUGUGCAGAAGAAGAAAGAGGAACCAAAAAGAAAGAAAACAAACUAUUUGUGUGGCGUCGUCACAGCAAAUCCACGUCAAUCAGCCGAUCCUGAUAUUUGAUUUGGCACUUCCUGACCCUUCCCUGUCUUUCCUCCUGGUCUUGAGUCAGGGAUCUUUCACAUGUCUGAUGUUAACCAUCACAUUAUGGAGUAACCAACAAAUGAUGCACGCUCUUAAAGUCUUUAGGUAGUCCAGGAUCAGACUCACUCGUUGGUUAGACACCCUAAUGUGGAUUAGGGUGAAGAAUCCAUGGAUGCCUGUUUUUAAAGAGUUUGCUGUCUUAAAGAUACUUCAUCAAAUUCCCGUGUAAAAGUUUCCAAAAUUAUAAAGCUGUCAGCAGUAAAGCCGUCGAUAUUAGUUUAUGUUUUGUGUUAAAAAAAUGUCAAAGUUCAAUUAGGCCCGGCCUGCAAACAUCAGUUUGUACCAUAAGAUGGCGCAGUGGACCAUCUGGGCGAGUUGUUACGAGCACAUUAUUGACGGUGGCAAUCUGAGAAAAGGACAAACAUCUGGAAUAAAUGGUGGGGUAGCUAAAGAGAAAUAAGAAACAAAGCACACAUCUGGACACACUGCAGGACACCCACUGAACUGCUGCCCACAGUUAUUCAUUCAUUACAAAAUGAGCCUUUAAAGUAGAAAUAACUGAUCUACAGUCAACCACUCCAUGUGUGAUGGAACAGUUACGUUUUUCAGUCUUUACUGCCAACAUCACGGGCUGUUGUUCUGCUUUUACACAAGCCCUGAGAGCUAAACACAGGUAACCUACAGCUUAGUACUGCCCCUGAAGGCCUCCUGCCCUGAAGGUUUCACGUGGACAUGCAGAGUUUCCCAUCACAGUCAGGUUGUCCCAUCAGCAGAUGCAGCUUAUGUCUCUGUUUCCAGUCUGACAUCCAGUUUUCUACAGUGAAGCUCUUUAAACUUUCAGGCAAAGUCAGUGUUAGAAGAGAGGACAUGCACAGCUUGAAUGUCAGCCUUCCUCCCUGUCCCACCUUUCCCUCUCAUUAUCCACGUCCCCAUGAAUCCAUCCUCCCCCUUAGCACAUCAGCAGUACUGUACUGUGAGAUGGACCGACAGUCAUCUCUCGCUUAUCCUUUUAUGCUUUUGGAGGGCGGGUGGACCAAGCAAAUGGCAUUUAAAAAAUAAAAAACAUACUUUCAGAGCCUACUUUGACAUCUGUCUGUCUGUGGCAGACCAAGGAGGAGAGGUCAGCAUCUGCCAUCAAGUGCCUUCAGAUUCACAGAGGGAAUGCUCGCUGGGCCAUGGACCGCCAGCCUUCGUCACAGAAACGAAGAGUCAAACAUCUUUCUGUCUUAAUGACUGGCGUGAACAUAAAAUGUCCUCCGGUUUGAUUAUGCAGAGAAACACUUUAUUUCUUUUUCUUUUCGUGGAGAUGUUGUAUUUUGUGAAAACCUAAGCCAUGCUGAAUGGCAUUUUAAAAAGGCACCAAUAAAGAAGCCAUGGACAAGGAAACUGACUGUGGAUACAGGACAUCUGAUUUAUUUAACCACGUAAAUAAAAGACCAACACGCGACCAUCAUCUGAUGAUAUGAUGAUACCUGCGUUGGACAGUUCUCAUCCCUGUUUCAAUGGGAUUCAAGCGUUGGCGUUUCAGAACCAUUUUAGUAUUCCAAAAUAAGAGUUUCUGGUAGGAGCCGAAGACUUUAAUGCUACCUGAGACCAACAGUUACCUUAAACUACAAAAUUAGCUAAAGAUUUUCAACAAAUAAAACAAGAACAGUAUGUCAAAUCAAAUCCUCUGUUGUUCCUACGAUAGUUUAAAAAUGGUGUUGGGGAGGGGAGGCUGUUUUUAUUUUGUUGCUUUUAACAUGUGUGGGGGUUUUAACUGAAUUUUUCUUUGGGUUUUGAGAUUUCUAUUAAAUCUAUAAAAAGUAUUAAAGAAGAUUUUAAACUUCAAAGCAUUUUUGUAUCCUAAAGAAACUGACAUCGUGGUUGAAGAGGUCAUGCUCGUAUUUCGAAGCAUCUAUUAGAAAAGCACAAAAGAUUCAUAAUUAUUAAACAGAGUCAACACACGUGCACACCUAUGAUUCCUGAUUCAUCGUCUCUGCUCAUAUAUGUGUAGGUAUGGAAGCCCAUUUCUGCCAAGAAAAAUGGCUCCACAGUUAGCAUGAUAAACACUGAAAUAAGCUAUCAUUUACCAUUUGUUUAUUUUUGUCUUUAUUUUGACUUAUUUUGAUUUUGUUACCAUCCCCUCGUUCUGCCACAGAAAAGAAAAAUACUGGAUUACAAAUGAGCAUGAUUAAAAAUAAAUAAAUGGAUGGAUAAAAAAAGACAGCUGGGAUAGGCUGCAGCGCCCCGCGGGGAGGGUAAAUCAUGGACUCCCUCUCUGCAUGGGUGUUAUCUCUCUAUUGUAGGCGGCAGUUUGGGUUUAAUGUAUCAUAGGUCAUAAUUCGCCUUACUAGAUCCUGACUGAAUUUAUGUGGGUCUGUAGGUACAACUUUUAUUUUUUUCCUUUCUUACGUAUUUGUAAAAUCUGGCUUCAUUUCAUCAUUUGGAGUUUAAAUUAUACAUUUUGAUUUUUACAUAAUGAUUAAAAUGUCUUUUUUUGUUGUUUUAAGAACUUUCUUUCACAACUUUGACUCUUUUUUGCAUGAAUGGGCUUCUGUACACCAGCUGGAACUCAUCCUACUUCCAUUUUGAUCACAUGGUUUCAUAAAAUCAUCUUGACCUGAAAAUUUAUUUUAAUCAAAGUAAUGAAACCAUGCUUUGAAUGUAUGUGACAAAAGUUCUCUGAAUAGAUCCGAAUAUGUAAAUCUGUGGGGACGUUUCGAUCAAAUGGAAGUGCACCGGACUUAUCCAACCGUGACAACCUUAUAAAAAUAGUUUAUUAUUGUUAUUCAUUGUGAUUCACUGUGUCUUUAAAAAAAUUCCUCAGCAAACAAGUUUUCAGCCGAUAGAAAUGAGACGUAUUUCCAUCCCAGAGGAUUAGCAGAGGAUUCGUGGGACGAAUGACUUCCCCGGAUUUUUCUUCUUGCUUUUUCUCCCUCUGGUGACUUUUUCCUUCUGUGUUUUUCUGCUGCAGCUGAUGAUCAGAUUAUUAUUUCAGCUCCUCUGGGUAUUAGUUUUCCUCUGCUACAUUAUUAUCACAUUAGCUGGAAAUGGGUGGUUGCCUCUGAAGAACAUCAGUAGGUUUAUGUAUGUUUUUCACAUAUAUUGAACAGUUUUCAUGACUCUACAACCUUUUUACAGAAAGAAGCCUCAUUUAAUCAAAAAUAGAUCAUUUAUACAAAUAUAUAUUAUUAUGUUACACUUCAGCAUACGCUCAACAAAUGAAAGGAAACAAUUCACACUUGUCAUAAAAAUAAAUGAAUAAAAAACUGUAACCCUGAGUUUUGACAUACAUGUCAGAUCUUUUCAGUCACUGUCACAGUUUUACAGCAAUACUUCAGUAAACAUGGACACGUGACUUAGUCUGCACAGGAAUCACAUUCAUUGAAAUGUAACUGAGAGACAGUAAAGAACCAGUCAGCAGCCAAUGAAGGGAAAACUAUUCCAACACCACAUUUACUACAUUUAUGUUCUUGAAGGUUUUUUUGCACAUUAUGUGAAGCCUCUAUAUUUUCCUUAGAUGAUAUUUUCUCUUUAUGUUACGUUUGGAUAAUAUUAUCAGUAUUCUCCUGAACUGUAGAUCAGCCACCCUGUUUUCCUUGUUUGACCAGAUUUUUAUGUUGGCAGCCACAGAAGUGAAUGUACCAAAGUGUUCUUUUGGCACGCCCGGAUUGAUUUGUUUGCUGUUUGCAUUGUUAGCUCAUGUUUCAGAAUGAAAAGGCCACUCUUGAAAUUAAGACUUAAUUCAAAGAAAUAACAAAAGAACAGCCCAGAUCUCUCCAUGAAACCAGUUUGAGGCUCAAUUAUAUCGGAGCCACUGGAAACAGAAGCGUUGUCCAUAAAAAUAAAAUAAAAAUACCUGUAAUUUAUCAAUGAAGGCAGUAGCUUUGUUUUAAUCCCCAGAUGAAAGCUUAAGGUUAUAACUUUCAUAAUUUAACUGCAGUCAGCUAAAGAGAAACAGUGGAGUCACUUAUUCACAGCUCACACAGCUCUGUAUGUGACUCACAUACACGAUGAAGGAUUCGACUUUGCAGUUUUUCUCCCCUCCGCUCCUUCAGACUUGUUGUUGGUCCAAGUUCAGGUCCAGAUGUGCAAGUGACAAAAGGCUCGAUCCACAGUAACCCACACUCCUGCAUUCAGUUCCAUUUAUUUCUCUUUAUUUAUUCGUGUGGCUGAACAUAAUAUUUCUGAUCCAUUUCUGAUCCAUUUCCACUCUGAUCCAUUUCCACUCUUUAGUUCAAUUCUAUUCAAUUCAAUUUUAUUUAUACAGCACCAAAUCACAACAGCAGUCGCCUCAAGGCGCUUUAUACUGUAAGGUAGAUUGUACAAUAAUAGAUACAGAGAAAAACACAACAAUCAUUUGACCCCCUGUGAGCAAGCACUUUGGCGACAGUGGGAAGGAAAAACUCCCUUUUAACAGGAAGAAACCUCCAGCAGAACCAGGCUCAGGGAGGGGCGGGGCCAUCUGCUGCGACCGGUUGGGGUGAGAGAAGGAAGACAGGAUAAAGACAUGCUGUGGAAGAGAGACAGAGAUUAAUAACAGUUACCCUGCAAACUGUUUGUUCUUGUAUGCAGACCAUAGCUGUAGCUUUGUUUCUCUCCACUUUGGUGCAAUCUGCACUAACAAUUUGAAGUAUUAUUAAACACUGGCCUGGGUGUCAGUAUAGCUCACUGGGCCCAGGUCUGACUCCACCCUGAGUCAUUCACAGUGUGUCAGCCCUCUCUCCCUCCCUGCCACUCUCUACUGCUCAAUCAUAAAAUAUUUGGGCUAUUAUAAAGUAAAUGAAACCAAAUCAAUAACUUUUACAUUUUAACUACCUACGGUGUCAUAAUAAUUAAUAAUCCCUUAUAUUACAUGAAACAUUUUAAAAGACCUUAUGGUAGAAUGGUCAGGGUAAUAUUGAUGAAUAUGAUAGUUAAAGCAAUAGAAAGUAUUAUUGUUGGUUAUUUUUCUGAGGAAUAACAUAAAAUAAGACUAAAAAACAGCAAAAAUAAACAUAAAAACACUGGAACUUAAAAGCUAAACUAAAACCUUUUUAUUACUUUAAAGAUUUUAUUUCUGCAGGAAUUGGUCACAUGUUCUAAACUCAGGCAGCACGUAGGCAGGUAUACUCAGGCUUUAAUACCAUAUGACACUUGUUCUUUUUCCAGCCCAGACCUUACAUUUCGAAUAAUCUCUGCUGGACAAAGCGUCUCCUGUCGACUUUCCAGGGGAAAAGCAUAUCCUCGUUAACUUCCUCAGAGGUUCUUUUGCUUGUGUUGUAUAUGUUUGGAUUUUUGGAAAAGGAAUGGGCAAUAAAGUUUUAAAAGCUACCAUCAAGUCUCUGUGGACAUUGGAAGAAAAUAUUUUUAUAACUUUCAUUAUUUUCCGCAGUACAUUCUCACCUAAGUGAUGCUACACUGCAUA